AUGACGUGGCUCAAACAAAAAGGCACCAAGUCACCCAUAGAAGAUGCAGCGCUUGGUGAAGAAGAAAAACUCUUUGAUACUCUGGAUGAUGAAGAAAGCAACUAUGCGAAUCGCGAUGGCCUCUCUGUUAAGGCCGACAAAAACCUUCCCCAACUCGUUCAAACCGUUGCCCUCAUGAAUAUGCUUGAGAAUCGUGCCCAAGAUGAUGAUCAAAAUGCUAUUCAACUCUCUACCAUUCAUGCCUCUAAAGGUCUUGAGUUUGGGCAUGUUAUUAUCAUCGGGGUAGAAGAAAACACCUUGCCUUUUGUCCAAAAUAACGCAGAAAACGAAGCAGAACGUGAUGAAGAGACCAUCUCCAAUGCUGUGAUGGAAGAGCGUCGCAUUAUGUACGUGGGCGUUACACGUGCACAAAAAAGCUUAACCAUAACCUGGUGUUCAAGACGAAAACGUGGUGGUGAACAAGUUGCUUGUGAGCCGUCUCGCUUUAUCGCCGAAAUGGGUCUAGCCAAUGGCCGUGAUCAUUCCAUUGACAAACCCCAAGUUGUGCCACAGCGACAUUUAGCGAAUUUGAAAGCUUUGUUGGCAAAACCGACACAUAAGAGUCUUUAG